AUGCUGGACGGUAUGCCGACCUUUCAGCUUCUUCUCAGUCCUGCAGGAGCAGAUGCACUUUGUGGCGGUGGUCAGCAGAAGCGCAGAGGGCUUGCCAUCUCGGCAACCCGUCCUCCGCUGCCCGCGUUGGUUGUCGAAAGCAUCAUUUUCGAAUUGGCUCGUGCCUCUACACUCGACAUGCACCCUGUGUUCCUGCCCCUUGAGCUCGUGGCUCUCGUUACCUCGUACCAACGUGGCAUCCCACACAACAUGGUCCAACUUGCCCGUUCCAUCCACCCCCCCCACGCCAUCUCCACCCCCCACGCCAUGGACACUCUACGCCGAUGGCUGCAAGAGCACGGCAUGGAUCGCGCAUCGCGCUUACAAGUCUACUUGCCCAAUAUCGAUCGCGUCAUCGCACGCCUUGCCGUUGCCGACAACGCAUUCGAUCUCUUUUCCGCAUUCGACUUGGACGUGCACGACUUCGACGGUCUUCAUCAAGUGGCAGCAGCACACGGAAACCUUCCUGCAGUGGUCCAUUUGCUCCAUGCCAAGUACUCUGACGUCUUCGGGUGGAUGCCAGCCAUGGUGGCCGCGGCCUCUCACGGCCACCUACAUGUUUUAGAGUACCUCGUGGAGAUGAUGCAUGGUCGCCGGACGUCGUGCUCCAUGGCUGUGGUCAACGCUGCUGCUGCAGCUGGUCACGUCCACAUCGUGCAGUGGUGCCACGAGCAGAAGCACCAAACCUGGGGCUCCGAAGCCUUCACCGUCGCCGCGGCCCAUGGUCACGUGAGAGUGUUGUCGUACAUGCAUCACACUAGGCCACGAUGCGGCUCCACUGGCGCGGCGAUGGACGCUGCGACGACGAAUGGACAACUGGAUGCUUUAAAGUUUCUGCACGAGCAUCGCGAUGGAGGCUGCUCGGCCAACGCGCUUGAUCGAGCGCGAAGGAACGGCCACAAUCGUGUUGUGGAAUACAUCGAAGCACAUCGAAACAAGCUGAUCCGUCGAACGUGCUGCACGUGUGGAUUCCACGUUCCUUCCAGCCACCGUUGCUUCGUCACUCCAAGCAACAAUCGCCAGGCCACGACCUCCGCGACUGGGUCCAGCCACGGUGCCUAGUGGUGGCGGUUCAACACCAAAUUUUGCACGAAUUCUGGCCAUUUUUCGACAUUUUCUGAUGUAUACAUCCAUGGAAUGACCUGAUUGGCCACACUUUCAACGUGGUUUCCAAGAACCAAUGGGUGGGCCAUGGAUGACG